UAUAACAAUUUUUCUUAAGUAUGAAAUAUUUGUGAAAGUAUGAUUUUUGUUGUGAAUACUUCAAGUCUUGUAAAAUAUCAUAUUCCAUACAUGCUUGAAAAGAUUUCGAUUACGAACCAAGAGGUUUAUGGCAUGAGUCAAAGCACUGAAGGUAAAACUGCAACUUAGGAGAUCGUACCGCCAGCUAGUGGACCUGGGAAUCAUGCCUCCCAAACGAAUGCCAACAGCCUAUCAUGAACAGGCAAAACAGCUGGAGCGGCGUAAAACUGGAGACUUACUAAGGGCAAAAAUUCAGCAGAGGCCAUGCAGAGAUGAACUUGUACGCCAGCACAUUCUCGAGGAUAUCAGCUACAUCGAUCCAAGUCUUGCUGGACGCACACGUAUGCUUAAGAAAGCUCAGCUUGCUGAUACUCUUAACGAUCAGAUUAGCCACCGGCCAGGGCCCCUUGAGCUCAUUCAAAAAAAUAUUUUGCAUACAGUCGAGCCAAUAGAAAAAGCAGUCAAAGAGGGACAUAUUCCAUUCAAAGCGACCUGUGAGGGUCAGCUGACGAAACCUCAGCAUCCAGAUCACUACAUUACUUUUGAAGAAGAUGACUCACAAAGCUCAGAGGGAGGUACAUCCUCAACAUCUCAGCAAGGCUUCCAGGUCUCCUCGAUAAUAACGUUAGGAACUGUGGUAACAACAGCUAUAACAACGACGACGACAACACCAACAAUAAUAAAAACAACAACAAGCACAACAACAACAACAGCAAGAUGUUUGACGACAUCAAUUAUUACUGCGACGUCAGUGAUGCCAGAAGUUCCACCUAUAUUGACGACGAUGUCAGUCUCUAGCUCUGUAACAUCGGAUAUGCUAAAAGAGAAGAAAAUCCCUGCAGAUCAACCAUUGCCGUUAGAAAUAGGUAUGAUACGAACUUCCUCCAAACUUCAUGGUAUCAAAGAAGUGGAUAAGGACCUAAAGCAACAAUCUAAACAAACAAUUACUCAGAUAAAUCCAGUAAGGAGCCUGUCUUCGCCAUCGUCUACAACGGUCACCCCACUCCCACCCCUAGCGCUGGCACUAAGCCCUAUGUCAGUAGGUUCUACAACUUCGAGCUCAAAAACUUUAUCAACGAUUUCAAUAGCAUCGCCACAUGCAGCAAAUACAACAAGAUUGCAGUCAAGCCCAGUAACAUUAUCUUGUAGCAGUAAUCAGCAGCAGAAAAAUGAUACACCAGGAAGAGACAAAAAUCGUAAAAAGUCUAAGACUAAAAGCCAGCCCAAGACGCGAACAAUAAAGUUCCAUGAAUACAAGGGCCCACCACAUGUGCAGAAAUUAGGCAGCUCACCCACAACUUCUACCACAACAUAUGAGACCAGCUACCAACUCUUGCUUCAGCAACAGCAACUUCUUCUCCAGUGGCAGGUUGAGUUUAACAAUAAGGUAAUCCAAUUAAUAAGUUAUAAAUUAAAUUUUUCAGUUUUAUUUUGA